AUGUCUGGAGAGAAAUCCAAGUCUGCUUCCCAGACUGAUGGGAAGGCGGCUCAGAACAAGAUGUCUGAGAUGGGAAUGAUGUCCUACAAGAUGUGUGUAUAUGACCAGGAGAACUUCCAGGGCCGCUGCAUUGAGAUCAACGGCGAGUGUAUGAAUGUGUGUGACAUGGGAAUGGACAGGGUGCGCUCCCUGCGCGUCGACUGUGGACCCUUUGUGGGCUUUGAGCAGAUGAACUUCUGUGGUGAGAUGUUCAUCCUGGAGAAGGGCGAGUACCCUCGCUGGGACUCCUGGAGCAACUGCCAGAAGAACGACUACCUGCUCUCCUUCAGGCCUGUCCGCAUGGACCCUGAGAAGCAUAAGAUCUGCCUGUAUGAGGUCGGAGAGUUCAAGGGUCGUAAGAUGGAGAUCAUGGACGAUGAUGUCCCCAGCCUGUUUUCUUAUGGUUUCACCGACAGAGUGGGCAGCAUCAUGGUCAGCUGUGGAACUUGGGUGGGUUAUCAGUUCCCCGGCUACCGUGGCAGCCAGUACCUGCUGGAGAAGGGCGACUACAGGCAUUUCAAUGAGUUUGGCGCCCGCUGCCCCCAGAUGCAGUCCAUGAGGCGCAUCCGUGACAUGCAGUGGCACCCACACGGCUGCUACACCAUGUCCUCCAAGUGA